ACAUGAUUUUGUUGUCAAAAAGAAAAUGGUACAAAACAUAGCAAUAGAGUUAUAGUAACUGGAAUUAAUGAGAAAUAAAAUGUAUUUUCAGUAUUUCGUUAGUAAAAUAAAAAUAAUUAUUGUGAGGCAUCAAUGUGUUUAAAGCCGAAUUCCUUUUAUCCAAUUUAAAUGUAGUACUUUAUAUUUAUUUACCCUUCCUCCUCAGUUUUUGUUAAAAAAUAAUGAAUGACAAAAAACAUAAAAAAUUUAAAUUAUUAAAAAUGUCGUUAUUAAUUUAACUUUAACUUCACGUCUUUGUGUUGUCCUUAUAAAUUUAGUAUUUAGUAAUUUUAACAUAAAUACUUAAUGCUUCAAAUUUAACAAGUAAGGCCUAAGCAUAAUAAUUGGCAAAAUAUUGAGUUAAAAAUUUAAUUUAAAAAAAAUAGACUUGAAUUCUAACACAGAACACUAGACUACUAACAGUAAAUAGCCUAAAGACGGCAUCGACCCGAAAUGUCUGCUAAUUCUCUUGUCUUUUAUUUUCAAGCCUAAAAGUACCUAGUUCGAACAUUUAUUUACUUCAUUUGGCUUUGGCGUGAACACAGUCCCUCAUCGUAUGGACCAAUUUGUACUGAAAAGAUGCGAAUUCACUUAGUGCGGAAAAAAAACUCUCCUCGCCUUUCAUACACAGUAGCAGUAGUCAGACUAAGUCUUGAGUAGGCCUAUCUAGCUCAGUGAUGGAGAGCCCAAAAGCUUUCAAAUAUUAUAGAUUAUAGGCAGUAUAUUUUUAAAAUUGUGUGUCUAUUGCUAUUUCAUCUAUAUUAAUAUUAAGUAGGCACUCGGAGGAUAGUAUAAACCCUAAUUUCUUUUUUUUUUGAGUUUUCUAAAUAUCUUUAUAUAAGUAAAUACUUGCAAGUGUAUUUGUUUUGUUUUUUUUUCUUAAAAAUUUAAAAUAAGAAAAUUAAACAUUGCAUUUUUUUGGUAAGUUUAUUUUGUCCUUUAAUUUUCUGUUUGCAUUGACUUUUUAGAGCACAAUGGAUGCCUUAGGAACAAGGGAUGAAAUAGUUGAGCCCUCCACAUUAACACGCUGGAAUUUUACAAAGCUUCUUGAACAACCUAAAGAAUUUGAUCCAGAUGAGGAGAGAUCUCCUUUUCCAUGGCGAAAUGAUCUAAAUGCUAAAAUUGCUUUGUGGUAGGCCUAACAGUAUAUAAAAUUAAUCAUAAUUUUAACAUAAAUUAAGCUAAGGCUAAUUUCAGUGUUUAUUCAAUGAUGUAAAAGCUUCAUAAGUUAGCAGAUUUUCAUGGAGGCUAGUCUUUUUAAGGGUGGGCAGAAAGGGUAUUAUCUUGUCUAAUGGUUGAGAAUAUAAACAGUUGAACAUUUAAAAAAAAAAAAAAAAAUGUUAACAACAUGUAUGGAUUGGGUUAACUUUUGUAAACUUAAUCAUACAAGGCAACGAUUUUUAAACAGAUGCAAAGUGAAUGAAUAAUUUACUUACUGUAGUUUAUUAGGCUUGUUUUAUCAACAAAUUAAAAUACUGAUUUAUUUACUCUACAACAGGAGUGGAAACAUAACCAAACUAAAUGUGCACGCCAUUACCCACUCAACAAAUGAACACAUGAAUGAUCACAAUCCACUCAGUGAUGAGCUCUAUCGUCAGGCCGGAGAAGGGCUUAUUAAAGAGGUGCAUGAAGAUUUGAGAGGUGUGUGUUUUACUCUUUAAAUAUAACAUUUCAAUAAAUAUCAUUAUGUUUCAUUUUAAAAAAAAAUCUGUUAUGAAUGGAAUACUAGCAUCAUAAUUGGCACACAUUUUAUUUUAUAUAAUAAAAUACUUUGUUUGACUCUAUAUGAUAAAUUAAAUCUUUUAGUGAAGUUGAGGAGUACAUUGUAGCUUAUUAAGAUUCUUUUAAAAAACAAAUACAACCAAAGAGAAACAAAAUUAAACUCAUGAAAAUGUAUAUUUACUAGCUGUGAGAAAGCUUUUUAGACUAUUUACUAUAGAUUGUACUUGAUAAGGCAACUAGCUGAUCAAAGAAGCUCUUUAAAUAUUAAGGGACACAUUUUAAAAAAUAGGGAAAAAAUCAUAAUUAUUAAAAAUCUUUUAUUUGGGACACUGUUAUUUAAUGAGACAAUUGGUGAGACAUUAGCGGCAAGACUAUUCAGAUUACAGCAGAAGCUUGCAGAAUUGUAAAUUUGAAGUUAAGACUUAUAGUGAGAUAACGGUAACUCCAAUUUGGAUCUACAAUAAAAUCUUGUAUUUAUUUAGAAGCAUUUGAGUAAAAUUCAUAAAAUGAAAAGGGCCAUCCACAAAAUUUAGUCAAUCCCUGCUGGAUGUGGUGUGUCCCAUUUAAGCAGAAUCAAUUAUGUUUGUUUUAAACUUUCAGUUUGCAAGACCGGUGAGGCAAAGCUUUCUAAAGGGCAUAAUUUACCUGCAAGAUUUGUAAUUCAUUCUGUUGGUCCUCGAUACAACAUCAGAUAUGUAACAGCAGCAGAAAGCGCACUGUUCAGCUGCUAUCGAACAAUUCUACAAAUUUGCAAGUUGGUAAACCCUUGAAAAAUUACUUUUCGAAUAAUUUUUCCCUUGCAAUUGGCUUAUAUUUCUAAAAUUUCAGGGCCUACUUACAAUGAAUGAGAUUAUGAUUAACCCACGAACUGUGGCAAGUAUCAUUCUGUGGUGUGGAGCUUUUUAGAGCGUUUUGAGUGCCAUUUAAAAUUGCAUUAAAUGACAUAGAAAUAUUGAUACAAGACCCCUAUAAGUAUAUAUUUUUAGAAAGGUAAAUGGAUGGGGAUAACGUUGGCCAUAUUGCCCACCCCGUAACAAAAUUUUACUCAGUGUCCUUGAAUUUGAAGUUCUCAAGAAAGAAAAAAUCGACAAAAUGUCUUGGUUUCAAGUGCUUAUACCAUCAUUAAUUGUUAUAGAUACACUUAAAACAUAAAUCUAAAUGUUGUAGCCAAUUCAUUUAUCUUUAAGAAAAUGUAUAGUUUGCUGAGGUUUUGAUUGCAAUUAAACCCCUGAAAGCAAUUUUAGUAAUUUUCGGUCAUUUAAAAUAUAAGAAACUGGGGCCACUGCUAAAACCAAGUACAAAAUACAAAAUCUCAGGCAAAUAGUUAUUAUUGAAUAUUAAACAUUUAAAAAGGAAAUGUGGAACUGAUUUGGGUUGUUUCACUAUACAAUUUAUUAGUUCUGAACUAUAAUCUGUAGCUUCUGUGACUAAAAUUCAGUCACACCUUGCCCAACCUCCGGACGGGGCUCAAAGUCUAACAGUAGCCUCAGUAGGCCUACUUUAGUACCACUAAGACGAGUAUAAAAUUCAUGACAAGAAUAAGCUCAACUGAUAUCGUCAUAGGGAAUGUUAAAAUCAUCACCAGUAUCACUUAAAACCUCACCUGAAAAGCUUUCAAACAUAUUUCUAUUAGUUCUUGCACUGAAGGCCCAGCCAUGGCUUCAACCAUUUUAGGUUUAAAAUAAAAGCGAUAUAAAACUCCGAUUAAAAAGUAUUUAUUUUCAAGUUAUCACGAAACAGCUUGAACAGGAAGAUGAUUUAAUUAUUAAUAAAAGGAAGUGGCUAUAAUUUUGGUUAAAUAUUGGAUUUGAAGUGCUAUCGGACCGUGUUUUUUAUCGGCCGAUUUUUUUGGCCGCCACAGUACAGAACGAGAAAGUCUGGCGAUUUUUUCAGCCGACCACAUUUCGUGGGUUAAUGAUAUCUUUAAUUCUGUUAUGAUAUUGGGACCUGAUUUAAGAAAUUAAAAAAUUUAUAUUUUUGCAUUUUGAAUUAGUAAUUUAACUUACUUACUGUAUGAUGAAUAAUUAAAAAUUAGAAAGAAUAAAUCAUGAACAAUUUAAAAAAAAAUUACAAUAUUUUUUUUUGAAAUCGCAAUAUAUUUGUGUUAAAAUGACAAUAAUUUUUUCUACUUACACAUUUUAAAAUUAACCCAGGGAAGCAGAAAUCCGCACACUUGGUUUAGGUGCUAUUCACACUCUGAAAAGAAAUUAUCCACCAGAUAAAGGGGCACAUAUAGCAAUAAGUAAGUAACUAAUUUAAUUCUAAUCUCAUCAUUUAAACUGCUCUUACACAGCUCAUCAUUUUAACUAUUCUUGCACAGAAUAUCUUUUUAUGCAUACAUUUACAGUUUAUUUAAGCUUAUAGAGUAAAAAACCCAAAAAAAACUGUCCUACUAUUAAUAAUAAAUGUUACACUACAGUAUCAGCUCAUAGCAUAUAUUAGAAAUCAUAUUUCUUGAUGUUGUGUAACAUAUCAUAUAAAAGCAAAUUGAGAAGCCAGAAGAAAAUCAAUUUUUUAAAAUGAUUUACCUCAAGAGCUAUGCUGUAAAUGAACUUUCCUUCCUUCUAACAGGAACAGUUAGGCGUUUCCUAGAAAAAUUUCCAGAUUCUUUUGAUCUUAUAGUCUUUUCAUGCACUGAGGAGAAUUUAGUAAGUAUUUUUAUUGGAGUUUGAUCUUUUUGGGGAUUUUUUAAAUGUAAAUAUGUUUACAGUGGUUGGCGUGGUUCAAUUUCAUUUUCUUUUUAAAAAAAUAAUUAAAUCACUUGUUUUCUAUCGAUACUACUUAAAUUAUACAAAUAAAGAUGUCAAUUACAAAUCUGAAAUAGUAAAGAUAUUUCAAUUCAAUAUCCUAUAUAUGUCCUUCAACAGGAUGUAUACAAUGCUAUAUUGCCUCUGUAUUUUCCACGUAACUCCAGCGAGGAAGAUUACGCCUUUGAUCACUUACCCAGUGAUGUGGGCAAUGAAGAUGGAGAGCCUGUGAUCAAAGAGAGACAGAUUAGGAUAAUUGAUAAACCUGCAUUUGCUGCACUAAGUGAGGCCUCACUCUUACCCAGAAGUCAUUUCAUUUAUGCCAAAUGUUCCACUUAGAAUAAAAAUGUUUUUUUUUUAAAAGCUUAAAGUAAUAACUCAAAUGCUUUAUUUUAAAUGCAUUUUAUAUUUUAAGAUUGACAAUGAAUUGUUAUGUAAAGGUCUAAAAGGUUAAAAUUUUAGGGCAAUUUAUAUUUGCCAUAUAACUAACACAAACCCUAAGCUGAACACAGAUAAAGUCAUUCAUUGUCAGUCUCCUCUGUGAAAGCAGAGUUUUUAAUACAAAAUAAAACUAAAACCUUACCAAUGGAACUGCCCGCCUAAGGGCAGACUGGGCCAGCAACCUGCAUGACCUGAGAAUCUGUCCACCUACACCUGCCCAAUUAUUGUUAUAAUAGGAUGAAUUUCCUUUCAUCCAGUAACCUAUAGAUUUGGGAUGGAUAUAAUGUGGAUCUACUUAUCUGGCCUCCUUCCCAAAAUUAAGGAGGAAAAGCCACCUUUUAAGACAGACUGCAGGUUGUCUCAUUUUCCUAGAGAGAUUAGGCCAAGGACAGAGAAUCUGCUUGUGAGCACCCUUAAAUUAAGACAGGUCAUCUUAGGUUGUUCCCUGAAACCAUAUGAAAUUGAUGAUGAUAACUCUUUUUAAAAAAAAUAACAUUUUAUCUUUAAAUUUUAUAAUCCUACAACCACUGAUGAUUUAAAAUAAAUUUUGUUUGUUUCAGAAGCAGGAAAUGAUGAGCUUGAGCAAACGAUAGACCUAAAUAAAGAAUUUGCCACCUCUGUGGCCAUGGAUGUUGGACACCAUCCAUUUGCCAAUAUGGAAGAAGACCCAGACAAAGGGAAAACCAGUAAAAUGCUCAAAAAUAAUGCAGCUGAUAUUAAAAAAAUGGAAGCAAAAAGAAGGUAUGUCCCAAUUUUUUACAUACAUUAUGCUAUGAAAUUAUAUUAAUACGUAAUUUUGUUUGUUGGACAGAAUCUUAAUUUUUAUGUAUUACAUUGCAUUGAAUAAACAAAAUCAGGCUAUAUAUUUUUUCCCUCUGCACACCUGACUUUGGUCUACUGGACUCUAUGACCCUUACGGUGUCUUGACCAUUCUACUCUUUUGUCAUAUUUUCUUUGUACUGGAGAAAUAGUCAUCAUUUCAAUUUUUAUCAUAUAUAGGGCAUUUUUUUCUCAUAGGGUAUAAAUUUGCUUUCAGGUAUGAAAUGUUGCUGAAAAGAGCCAAAAGCGACGACCUGACUGAGAUAGCAGCGUUGCAUUGUUUGUUCCGCACUGGUGUUGACCGAUUUGGCCGUCCCAUAGUGGUCAUUGUUGGUAAAAAUUAUCCUGCACACACAGCUAAUCCAGAAAAGGUCAGUGAUCAAAAUUCGAAGCAAGGAACUCAGCCUAUUUCUAAUUGAUCCUACACUGGAAUAUAGAUGGUCGAGAUUUUUGGAUGUCUUACAUCCCUGCCACUUUGAGACUUUUUAGUUUUAUUCAUUCUUAUUCCCAAUUUAGCUUUGCCAAUUAUUCCAUGAUCUUUUUCUGUAAAUGUAGGAAGGUCUAAAGAAUAAUUGAACUGUUGAUGAUGUCUGGGUUAACUCAGGACAUGACCAACUGUUAAUAUUCUCUCUAGGUUAACUCCAGGGUGAGGGUAGGGAAUUGACUUGACCAAUUUCUUUUCUUGAAGGGGCUUGUUUCACCAGAGACAUUCAUCCCUUCUCUCACAGCAUUUUUUUUUUCUUUAAAGUUAAAAUAAAACAAAAUUGUGGCUUUAAAGUAAUUUAAGACAUGAAUAUGUCUGAUUGAUAAUUGGAACAUUACCUUGACAGACUCUCCUGUACAUGAUACGUUUGAUGGAUCCGGUAGUGGAAACAGAUUAUGUCGUUGUUUACUUCCACACACAGACCUCAGGUAAAAACCAGCCUGCCAUGGCUUAUCUGAAGAUGGUCUACAGUCUUCUUGAUAAUAGGUUGGUAGCUCUAUGUGUGCUGUAUUUUAUACGCAGUUUUCAAAAAGUAGCUGAUCUAACACUCUAUGUCAUCUUGGAUGGGCUUUGUAUAACAGAGGCCUCUGUUUGUUUCUGAAUAAUAGCUAUGAAAAUUUAGCUUGCAGUUCUCAUGAAGUAAAAAUAAAAUUACAUGCAAGUUGACAAGUGUGCUUAUUUUAUAGGAAUUUCAAGACAGACAUAUAAUUAAUAUAAACGUUUAAUCAUGGUUAAAAUCUAUUGGGCCUUGACCUUACUUUCCUGCACUAACCAGUUUCAAAAAACAAUUUUACCUGAAUGUAAGAAAAUUUUAUAAAAGGACAGAGGUAUUUAAAUAUUUUAAUUAAAAGCUAAACAAUCACUCUUAAAGACAAUAUUGUCAAUAAGGGAGUGAAGUUCCCUGGUAUGUGAUGGCUAAUUUUUCUGCUUGAGAAAUAAUUUAGAUGUCUUGUGUUUUAAUUGUUUAAAAAUUGUUUGUCUUGGUAAGAAUAUUUAUCUAUAUGCUGAAAAUGAAUAUGUACAUUGUAAAUAACAAAAAAUUCCAUUUACUUGGAUCAAUAAAAGAAUCUUACAUUAUCUUAUAUCAGUAUCUUAUUAUUUCUUCUUAACAGGUACAAGAAAAAUCUAAAACACUUUUACAUUGUUCAUCCAACAUGGUGGUCAAGAGUAUGUUUUUUUUUGUUUUUUUUAAUACUUAAUAAAUUAUAAUUAAACUCUUAAUAUUCUCACUCUGUAAUGUAUGACAAUUAUGAAUUAUAUUAAGUUAAUGAGAUAAUUUAUGAAUAAGCAAUAAUUAUUAUUUAGAUUUAAAAAUACUUGGAAGUGAAAAAAAAAAAAUUAAUGAAUACAGAUGUACACUGUUGUAAAAUAUGCUUUCUAGUGAAUCAUGAAGAUGUUGAAUAAAUUGUAAUCUGAUCUUGGCAAUGAAAAUCAAGACUAUUUUGAUAAGAACUAAAUAUGAACACACCACAUCUUAUCUCCAUUAGUCCUCUGCUAUUUUGUUUCAUAAUUCACAGUCUCUAAAAAAAAGCAGAGAUAAAAGAAGCUUUUUAAACUUCUUUAAAAUUUGUCAUUUUUUUCCUUUCAAGUAUGUUUCAACCAUCAAAUGUGUAAUGAUUGAUAUCAGUUGAUCUAUUUAUUUUCACACUCAAUAACAUUUGACUUUUCCCAGCUGGCCACCUGGUUCUUCACAACUUUUGCUGCCUCCGACAUCAAACACAAAGUUCAUAACAUGAAGGGGGUUCAGUACCUGUACACCAAGAUGAACCCAGACCAGAUUGAUGUGCCCCAGUUUGUACUUGAACACGACAUCAAGGUGAUGCACUUUUAUUGAUUUAUUAAAUAAAUGAAUUAAAAAAAUCCUCUGGCUUCUAAAAAACUGUCUUUCAUAUUUUAUUACAUUAAAUUAAAUGUUAUUAGUAUUAAAAAAAAUUCAACUUAUUUUAAAAUUUAUAAUUUUGUGAAAACUUAUUUUGUACCAAGUUUAUGGUAUAAUAUAUUUAAAUUAGUUUUUUUUUAAUUGUUUAGGAUUUUUUUUUGGCACCUUGUGUAACAGAUUUAUUUGCUAUUUAAGAUUUGUUUUUGAUCUCACAAAUAAUGAGAAUUUCAUUUUUAAUGUCUUGUUUAAAACAUUGGUACCGUAAUUACAGUUUUAAUGUAAUGGAAUAUAUUCCUACCAUGAAGAAUCUAAUUUUUUUUCUUCGUUCCUCUUGAUCAGGUGAAUGGUGCCCGCUAUGUUGUAUCAGAUUCAGAAACACAAGAUGGCCUUUGAUCAAUGAUUGUCCUACUGAGUUUAGGAUCUGAACAGAUUAGGUUAGUUUAUAAAUAAAUCAUGAUUCGAAUGGGACUGGCACAUAUUGCAGUACAAAGUAAUUAGCCUAAAAAUGUUCAUUCAAGUUGAAACAGACCAUGAAAGAUUCUAAAUUGUGUUUAAUCCAGAAAGAUAAAUAAUGUUGAGCUUCCAAGGGAUUAUAAUUCUUAUAGCUUUCUAUAAAGCUGAAUGAGACACACCAAACAUAAAAACGGGUUGGGCUUAGAUACAAAUUCUGUCGUAGCCAAUGUGAAGGUCAGUAAGUAGAUUAAUUGGAUUUUGGAGGUAGAAAAAAAAUGCUACUUAUUAGCAUAGGGAGUUUUGUUCUUAAGUCCCACUGUUUUUUUUUUUUGGUGUUAGUUUAUUCUGUAGAGAUGAUCCUGUGUUCCAGUUCUAGUCAUAGUGGGAAUAUAAGAAAUUGAAAUACUGUAAAAUAAAUGAGAAACUUCUGAUCAUUUUUUUCUUACAAUACAUUGAGCAAUCAGGCCAACGAAAUUGUAUAUGCUUUGUACAUGUAUAAAAUUAUGGUGAUUUUUUUUUCAAGAGCAACCACUGUUGUUUUUUCAAGUAUGGUAGCUUCUUCAUUACAGGCCCUUAAAUGGGUGCUCACGAAAGACUACAAGGAAGGAAGUUAUUAUUGAGUGACAUUUUUGUCACAUACUGGAAUCAUUUUAGAAACUCUGAUUAGAAAAAUGUUGCUUAUGUAAUCUACCACACAGUUAGUAGGAAAAUAUGUCUACCUUCGUAAACCCGUAUGGAAAUGUUGAACAAGUUAAAAAUGUAACAAUUUGUCAGUGGCAUUUUUUAAAUGUGUGGCUAUUUUCCAAUGUUGUGUUUGUCUGGCCUUCGUUUUUUUUAUUAUCCUAUUUUUUUUAUAGUAAGAUGUGGCUCCUGAAGGGAAGAGAAAGAAAUACAAAUUUUAAAUUCAAGUUUUAUUUAAUUCAAUUUUAGUUGUUUUAAGUAUUUGUUAAGCCAACUGUAACAUUGUUUAUUUAGAUUUUUUAAUUUUUCGUUAUACGUGUUAAUGUUUGCCGAUACAGCAAAUUUUUCAAAGGAGUUAUCCACCUUGAAAAUCUGUCCCCCCAUAUUUGGCGAUUGGUCAACAUGAGAAUUUUGUUUGAUUGGAUUGACUCUAUGUGUGUCAUAGGUAUAAGAUAAUGUAAAAAAAAUAAAAUGGAACUACAAAUUCUAUAAUUUGUUGGACAAACGAUUUGCUUAUAAGUUAGAGAGCAUCUCAUUUGGAGAUUUGAUAAAUUAUGUCUUUAUUAACAUUAAAAAAAAAAAAGAUAACAACUCAAGAUGUAAGUCCCUCUCUUUUCAUUGCUUGUUAACAUAACGGUUAAUUUUUUUGAGACCUUAUCAUAAAGUGUAGUAGGAAUUGAAUCUAUUAACAAAGGCAAUUAAUACAUCCCAAUUCGCCUCAACUUGAUCACAUAUAUCUACACAGCAGACCUGUUGGCAGCAAGUGGAAUGCCCACAGUAGCUUUUUAGAAAGCUUUGCCAUCUUCUUUUGAGACAUAUGAGAAUAUUAUUAAAUAUACAGGUUGUGAACUCUCAGAUUGAAAAAAAAUUGGUUUGUGGUUGAAAAUUCUCUGCCCAUUUUGUCUGGAUUAUAAUUAAAGUUACAAAGAGAACUCCAGCCUUGACUUUUCUAGCUUUAAAGACCAAUUAAAUGCCCUAGUGUAUGGUUUCUUUCAUCAGGAUUCAAUGCCAUUUCAACCAUUAUUAUUAUGUUAACCUUUUCUCUGCAAAUAUCACUUGAUAGAUGUCCCUUUGAUUUAUCAAUGUCCCUUUGAUUUAUCAAUGUCCCUGUGACUAUUGGCUGACUUUGUUUAUCUUUUGGUGGAACCAUUUUUGUAAUGCCCCUAAGUCUCUGAUUUUGUUCAAGGUUUCUGUCAUGUGGAUUCAAUUCCAUAUCACACAGUAUUAUGUUAUCUUUGUACCGCAAAAUAUCACUUUAUCAAUGUCCCUUUGAUUUAGUGGCUGAAUUCGUCUAUCUUUGGAGGGAAGCACUUUGAUGACACCCCUUUAGUCUCAGAUCUUUUUAAAAAUGUAAUUUGUUUCCUCAAAAAUAUUCAAAGGCCAUCUUACGAAUAUGCUCAAUAUUUCUACUGUUGCCCUAACCCAAAGACAAGAACACUGAAAUCCCUACUGGUCUGUUGACGCUUUUCUUACAUUCAGUCCAUCAGAUCAAUGAGGUUACUGUAUAAACGUUGCUGUGAUUUUGUUGGUUCUUUCUGGUUUAAUGUUUAAUUAACAGGCAUGUUAAACUUGACAAGCCUACCGGUAAAAGUUAAUUCAAAUGGCAAUUUAAUUAUUAAUUUUUCUAAAUUGAAAUUUUUAUAUAUGUAUAUUAAUUCUGUAAAAAAAAACAUCAGUUCC